AUAGCCUUUCGACCUAACAAAGCUUUUAACCUUGACUGACAACAGUUUCCUUCAGCUAACAAAGGUGGACUUUUUAAGGGUAUAAAAUACUCAUUGUAACAAAAGAUUUCAGAUCAGCGUCCUUUUUGCUUAAGAGCACCAGAAAUAUUGUUUCCGAAGAUACAUGUACUUGAUACAGUGAAGGUUAAGUGAACCAUGGCAAUUUUAACGACCAGAGAAGCGACGCUAAGAGAGGGGUAUCUAUUCAAACAAAGCAGAAGCGUAUGGAAGCUAUGGAAAGCUCGAUUCUUCAUUCUUAAAACAACUGGCUUGUUCUACUACAAGAAGAAAAGUCAUUGUAGCGGUCUGCCAGCACUCGGCGUUAUUCCUUUCAAAGACAUCUCAAUGCAAGUUGAUGAGGUCGGAGACAGCAAGAGACGCAAGUUUCUCUUGAAAAUUCAUGCUGAUGGUAAAACAUUUUGCCUGUGCUGCUUCUCUGAAGAAGAAAGAAACUCAUGGAUGGCAGCUAUCUUGACGGCUGUUACUUCUUUCGUUAUCGACCAACACGACGGAGCUAAACUUGACGAAUGGUAUAUGACGAAGGAGAGCGGUCUAUCGCGGUCAAGGUCACUAGAUGCUGUAGCUGCCGCGAGAUUGAAACCGACACCAACAGCUAGCGACAAGGCUGUUAGCCUCAGCAAUAGUGCUACAGACUUAGAUCGCAUAGUUCUGCGAGAAUUUAAGGCCACACCAUUGUCGAAAAGAAAGCAAAAGGCACUUUCACAUUGGGAUUGUAAAGGGAGAAAUAGUUACAUCAGUCUGGACGUGAUUUAAACGAAUAUCUAUAAGCAAGAUGAUGCUGAACGUUCUUUUAUUUUCUAGUGCUUGCACAAUACUUUAUAAAAGCCCUAUUGUAUUUCCUCAAUGAAGUGUUUGAUUAGAAUAGAAAAUGUAAAAGUUGAUGUAGUCAAACUCUUCGCAAAUUGAGUGGUUAAUGUUAAAUUUCAGUGUCAAUACAUCAACACAUCGUUCAAUUUGAGAUAACCGGAAGUUUCGCUAUUUGUUUAACCUUUAAGGUUCAAACCAGGUAGAAAUCGUCAGUCGUAGCUUUUUUUGUUAUUUUGAAAUCUGAAAAAAAUUUCGCAAUUACAAUUUCUGUCUACUGUUCUGUAAAUAAAAGUCAGCCAAAGAAAUUUUGUAAGAUAAUUAAGAUAAGUAUCCCAUUUAUGGCGCUUUGUAUGAAAUAUUUGAAAUUGAAUACAAAUUGAAAGAGCGAGAUGAGGUUUCCGCAGCCGCCUCGCCAAGGACUUAACAAAUUAUUUCGAAAGUUUUCUUUGUCUUGAUUUAUAUGCAAAGUAAAUUCUUUUGUUUACUGUGCGGUGGCGGGUCAGACUUUGAUAGAUAUGUCAUCAGGCACAAGAGAUAAAAGAGAUUAUUAGGGAGUGUCGAACCAACCUUGGUAAGUAUACUUAUUUCUCAACAGGGGCGGAAUGUUUUGUGAGCACUUUCUACUGAGUCUACGUCAAUAAGCCGAGUAAAAACACAGGUUUUUUACCACCUCUCCUGUACUUUAAUUAUUAAGGAAACCGCU